AUGUCGCAUCUUGGACGACCAGAUGGCAUGAAAAAGAAGGAGUUCACUUUGGAGCCGGUUGUCCCCGAACUGAAGAAAACCCUUGGCAGGCAAGCAUCUACUUUCUCGGAUGUAAUAUUUGUGAACGAUUGUGUUGGACCGGAAGCCGAAAAAGCAACUGCAAAUCCUGCUCCCGGAAGUGUGAUUCUGCUGGAAAACCUUCGGUUUUAUCUGGAAGAAGAGGGCAAAGGGGUGAAUGAGAAGGGCGAAAAGGUUAAAGCAUCGAAGGAAGAUAUUGAGAAGUUCCGCACAUCUCUCACGAAGCAUGGCGACGUCUAUGUCAAUGAUGCAUUUGGCACUGCACAUCGUGCACACAGCUCUAUGGUGGGUGUUAAGCUGGACCAGCGUGCAACGGGUUUUCUUAUGAAGAAGGAACUGGACUAUUUUGCAAAAGCGUUGGACAACCCUGUACCUCCAUUCCUGGCCAUUUUGGGUGGUGCUAAAGUUGCUGACAAAAUCCAGCUUAUCCGCAAUCUUCUGGAUAAGGUAUCGUGUUCUCCUUUCUCACUUUAA